ACAGUAGACACUCAAUAUGCCGCACGCAUUCGCUUGAGGACACGUGCUUUAUUCAUUUGGAAAUUUGUUAUUUGGAUAUCGGGAUAAGAUAAUUGCUUGUUGGUUCUCAUUUUCUCAAUGGAAACUGGUUUUAAGGAAGUUUUAUGAUUCUUGGCGUCGAUUAAAAUCCAAGUUCUUCCAAUCCAUCAACAUGGAAACCCUUUAUCCCAAUGACGAUGAAAUACAGUUCCGCAAACAUCAUUUUGGAGUUGAAGACAUUUUGAACAGUAAAGUUGAAUGUGCAAUUUGUAACAAUGAUCUUUUAAAUGAUAUUAUUUUGGAGAAAAUAAUAAUGGUUCAUCGAAUUCAUCUAUUUCUAUGUUGCCACAACUGUUACUACAAGUUAUGUGAAGUCGAUAAUAAUUGUAUUUUAUGCUCAUCAAAUAAAGAUCAAUCUAUUUGUGUAAAGUGCAAUCUCAAUAUUUGUAAGCGGUGUGUUGAAAACUAUAAAAUUGAAACACUUGGUAAUGGUUUUUUAAGUAAAUGCUUUGCCUGUGUACCACAAAUGUUAUGGAAACAAAGAGCUCAAGCUGCUAAUGUGUUAAAAGUUUUUUUUUCUCAGUUAUGUAUGCCAAAUAGUUUAUUAGUAAACGAAUCAGAACAUGAACAAGCUGUUAAACAAUACUUAAUAAAAGAAGCUAAAAUUGGACAAAAUUCUUUAGUAGAUCAUAGUAUUAAAAAUAACUUGUGUGUUGAUUUCAUUUUAAAACCAUAUAAGUCAUUUAUAAUAAAUGAACUAUCAGAAUUUUCUUUUGAUAAUAGUAUUCCACUUGAUGAUCAUUUAAAUAGAUUGUCUAAUAUUUUUGGGAAUAUUUUAGAGAAAACCUGUUCUACUUUAACCAAUUUUAAAAGCAUAUUUAAUAUAAGCUCACAUUUAAGUCACCGUGUGUCUGAUAUAAUGCAAUCUUCAUGCAUUGAUAAAGAUGAACAUAAUGUGCUUACAAGUAAUUCAAGAAUAAAUGAAAAUUCACACGAAGUAAUGAAAAUCAAUCCAAGCAAUCUAUUAUUGAAUAAGCCAAACAUAUGUACUACAAGAAUUUUAAGAUCACAAAAUAAACACAAAACGGAUGCUAAUUAUUUAAACUCAAAGAUAUCUAUUUCUUCAAGCUUGGUAUCAAAAUCCAAAGUCAUAGUUAAGAAAUUAAAUGUUACUAAAAAACAUUUCAACAAAUCCAAUGUGUCAAGUGUGAUUAAUAACAUGCUCUCUAAUGAAGCUAAUAUUGAUUUAGUAAAAGAUAAAAUAGUUGAUACUGAACAUUUAUUUAAAUAUAAUGAUAGUGAUAAUGGAAUAGCAAAUACAAGGAAAUUGAGCAAUGAAAAUAUAUUAAUGAUUAUUAAGAAACAAAACCAGGCUAAAAAUUCAACCAAAAAUAAAAAAAUACCCAAUGAAGUAUCUGAUGGAAAAGAAAAUGAAAGUCUGAUAAAUGGUGUUGAAAAGUGUUACAAAAAAAAAAUUGAAGCUGAUGAAAUUACCACUAACAAUACUGAUAUCAAUCAAAUUAAAAAUACAAGUUUGAAAGUGUCUCCAAAAAAAGAAGUCCAUCAGUUAAAAAAAAUAUGUGAACUUGUUAAAAAAAAUGAUGAGCUUGACUAUGAUUAUAUGAAAAAUUCACUAGUUACUGAUUCUAAAAAAUGUGAUAUUGACUAUUACUGUAAUUUAUCUGAAGAAACACAAUUGGAAAAAAAUAGUUUGGAUACUAUUCAUGGGUCUAAUCAAUUAAAAAAUGAAGAAAUUGCUGAAAUGCCCGAAUCGUCUGAUGAUCAUAUUAAUAAAAACAUUGUCACUUGUUCUGAACAAUCAUCUCCACUUGCUGUCCCAUCAGUUAGUAAUGAUGAUAAUGAUUCUAUUCAAAAAAAUACAGGAACAAAAAGAAUGCUAACAAAGUCAAACUCAUCUAAUGAUUUGGAUGCGUCAUUCAAAAAUACUAAGAAACUUAAAAUCAAUAAUCAAAUGAUUAAGCAAAGCUUAUUUGAUUUAUCAACAAGCAACAGCAGCAGCAGCAGUUCUGAUGAAGAUUCAACUUCUAUAACAGUUAAACGUAGAAAAAUUAGACAACUGUCUAAUGAGAGGUCUGAUGAAGAUUCUGAUAAUAACAAAGCACCUCAUGAUCAUAUUAAAUCAAUGAAAGGACGAAAAAAUAUUCGUAGACUGAUAACACAAAAAGAACUCAGUGAAUCUACCCAAAAUGCCUUAAAAGAAGAAGAAUUAAGAAAGAAACGCAUUCAAGAACGUCAACAACUAUAUAAUGAAAUUUGUGAUUUACCAACACCCUUGGAAGGAUCCUGUAAAAAGUUAGUACUGGAUUUUGACGUUCAAACAAAUGAGGAACUUGUUGUUGUUCAUCCAGAUCUUGUAAAGUUUCUCAAACCACAUCAGGUGAAGGGUAUUUCAUUUUUGUGGAAUUCUGUAUUUGAAUCGUUAUCAAGAAUAAAAGAACAUAAAGGAAAUGGAUCAAUCUUAGCUCAUUGUAUGGGUCUUGGUAAAACGCUACAAAUAAUAGCUUUGGUUCAUACAUUAUUUAGGUACCCUGAAACUGGAAUUAAAACUGUAUUAAUUAUUACUCCCAAUGCAACAAUUGAAAAUUGGUGUAAGGAAUUUCAUAAAUGGUUACUUGGUAUUGAUGAAAAAAAAAAUUUCUUUAUACUUAACUUAACAGAAUCGAAAACAUAUGAAAGUCGAAAAAAUAUUAUAGAUGAAUGGCGUAGAGAACACGGGGUUUUAAUUACAAGCUAUGAGUUAUAUAGAUCCGUUGUUAAUUACAAGUAUAUUGAUAAGUUUCCUUCAAUCUUAGAAGGACUCGUUGAUCCGGGGCCAGAUUUGAUUAUAUGUGAUGAAGGACAUGUAUUAAAGAAUCAUGUUACAACAGUUUCAAAAUCAGUUAAUCGUAUUAAAACACUUCGAAGAAUUGUAUUAACUGGAACACCAUUACAAAAUAAUUUAAAAGAAUAUCAUUGUAUGGUUGAUUUCAUUCGACCAAAUUUAUUAGGAUCAAUAAAAGAUUUUACUAACCGUUUUAUUAAUCCAAUAACUAACGGGCAAUACUCUGAUUCAACUCCACUAGAUGUAGAACUGAUGAAGGGAAGAUCACAUGUUUUGCAUAAAAUGCUUGAAGGCUUUGUACAGAGAUUUGAUUAUAGCGUUCUUACACCUUUUCUACCACCUAAACACGAAUAUGUAAUUUAUUUGAAGUUGUCUGAUAAGCAAAUAGAAUUAUAUCAGAAAUAUUUAGAUAUUUACAGACAACCAGAUUUAUUUACAAAUUACAAUAUGUUACAAAUAGUUUGGACCCAUCCUAAACUUUUAGCAGUAUAUGCUGACCGAACAGAAUCAAAAAGAGAAAAACAAAAACUUAAAGACAUUAGUUACAUUGAAUCUUUUUCAAAUUCUGUCGAGGGAGUUGAAAAUAAGCACAUACCAGUCUCAAUUCUUAAUUCAUCAAUCACUAAAAAACCAAAUACAUACCUUAAGUGGUGGAAACCAUAUGUAUCAAAAUCUGAUUUGGAAUCUGUGUACCCAUAUUCAAAAUUUAUAAUGAUGUUUUCAAUACUUCAAGAAUGUGAAAACAUUGGUGAUAAAGUGUUAUUGUUCAGUCAAUCAUUAUUUACUCUUGAUCUCAUCCAAGAUUUUUUGGAAAAUGCUGAAGAUAAAGCUAAUGAAAGAGGGGGUCCUUAUGGUAAAUCUUGGGUUCAGGGUGAAGAUUUUUAUAGAAUUGAUGGUUCAGUAAAUUUAAAAGAGAGAGAAGAUUAUUGUGAAAAAUUUAAUGAUGUCAAUAAUUCAAGAAUGCGUCUUUUAUUAUUGUCAACAAAAGCUUUUAAUUUAGGUAUUAAUCUGGUUGGUGCUAAUAKAGUUAUUAUUUUUGAUAUGACAUGGAAUCCUUCCUUAAAUGUUCAAAGUAUAUUUCGUGUGUAUAGAUUUGGACAGACUAAACCAUGUUAUGUUUAUAGAUUCAUUUCUGAGGGUACAAUGGAGCAAAAAAUAUAUGAACGUCAAAUAUCAAAGUUAUCAAUGGCUUUCCGUGUAGUUGAUGAACAUCAAAUUGAUCGUCAUUUUAAUGCUAAAUGUCAGGAUGAACUUUACGAAUUUGAACCAAAUACGAUGAAACCUAAAUCAACAUUAAAUCUACCUAAGGAUCGAUUGAUGGCUGAAUUAAUAUUAAGGCAUGAAGACCUUGUUAUGAACAUACUAGAACAUGACUCAUUGCUACAAAAUAACGAAGCUGAAGAGUUAGAUGAGAAUGAAAGAAAUGCGGCAUGGGAAAAUUAUAAAAAAGAAAAUGAUUCCGCUAACAAUUCUAUUAAACAAUUAAAAUUAUUUAUGUCUUAUGAAUCCGAAAAUGACUAGAAAUUAAGUUUUCCUCAAGCCUCUCGGUAACACACAGCCCGCUGAUAUAUUUAAUAAAGUGAAGGAUGCACAAAAUUUUUAACAAUUGAGUAUUAUCUAAACUAUGGUGUAGAUAUAUAGUAUAGUUAUUUUAUUAUACUUCAAACUAACUUAUUAUACAUAUUAAUUUAAACUAUU